AUGUCAGAGAUUUUCCCAUUUCUAUCAAAGCUAAAAAUACACCUAAAAAUACACACAGGAGAGAAUCUGUAUUCCUGUACUGACUGUGGGAAGAGAUUCACAACAUCAAGGGCUCUGACACUUCAUCAGAGUGUGCACACUGGAGAGAAGCCUUACUACUGCUCGUACUGUGGGGAGAGUUACUCUCAACAGAGCAACUUCAAAAAACACCAACGUCUACACACAGGAGAGAAGCCUUACUCCUGCUGUGACUGUGGAAAAUGCUUUACAACAUCAUCUGAGCUAACAGUUCAUCAGAGAACACACACUGGAGAAAAGCCUUACAUCUGCUCUGACUGUGGGAAGAGUUUCUCGCACCUGUGUAACUUUAAAGCACACCAACGUAUACAUUCAGGAGAGAAGCCAUACUCCUGCUCUGACUGUAGGAAGAGUUUUUCUCACCAGGGUAGCUUUAAAGCACACCAACGUAUCCACACAGGAGAGAAGCCAUACUCUUGCUCUGACUGUGGGAAGAGUUUCUCUCAACAGAGCAACUUAAAAACACACCGACGUAUACACACAGGAGAGAAGCCUUACUACUGCUCUGACUGUGGGAAGAGUUUCUCUCAAGAGAGCAACUUAAAAACACACCAACGUAAACAUAAAGGAGAGAAGCCUUACUACUGCUUUGUCGGUGGGAAGAAUUUCUCUCUACAGAACCGAUUAAAAACACACCAAGGUAUACAUAAAGGAGAGAAGCCUCGUCAGUUCUCUCAGACCAGCUGAGAUUAAAAUUAAGUGAUGGAGUGAUUUUAAUCUCAUUGCUUGACUUGAACUGAAAUAUGUGCCGGUACUUAUUUUGGGUGCCGGUACUGUUUAUAUUUAGCUUCAGGACCUCCACAAUACUUUUGAGCUAAUCUAAAACAGGAACAGGAGCUCAAGCAGUAGAACACUUGAGGUCCUGGUACUCCCCUCCGGUAAGUUCCUGCCCAAGUCAAGCGCCGGUACUCACAACAUGUAUCAGAUAGAGAUGGUGGAUCAGUAUCCUGUGGGAAUGAGUUAGUAGACACAACAUGUAUCAGAUAGAGAUGAUGUGAUGAUCAGUUUUCUGUGGGAAUGAGUUAGUAGACACAACAUGUAUCAGAUAGAGAUGGUGUGAUGAUCAGUUUUCACUAUUAGUUUGGGGGGGAUUGGUUUUUACUACAUAGUUAUUUGUUUAAUGAUACACAGUCUCUGAAACAACUACAUGUGUUUAUUAAGUUGUCUUUCAAAACUAGAUUAUAUAUUGAAGUUAUUCAUCAUCAAUGGGUUUGGAUAAUUGCAUCCAGUGGCGUUACUAGUCCUGGGCUUUCGGGGCUUCAGCCCCGGAUUUUUUAGGUCCAGCCCCAAACUUUGGAUGGUAAAAAACAAAUAUAUUGUGCAUCCGUAAAGUA